AUGUUUAUAGUCGUUCACUGUCUUUCUGUGAGUUACUGUUCAAGUCUCUCUGGGUUCAAUCUCUAUCAUACUGAUUAUCUGCGAAAUGAUCUUGAUCUUGAUUGUUUGCAUUAUCAUACUUAUAAACAAGGUUUAGCUCAUCAACUUAUCGAAUAUUGCAUUCGAUCGGAGCUCGACAAAUAUAUAUCAUACGACAGCGGUCAACAUCGUGCGUUUACAUUUGAAAAUUUAAGUAAACAAAAUAUAACUAGUGAAGAAUUGUACGAAUGGUCAGCACCUGUAGAUCUUAUUGAAAAUUAUCAAAUAUAUCUUGAUAACAAUUCAGCACCAAGUAGAUUUUUAUUUUAUAAUUGCACUUUUCCAUGGUUUGGUUCACACUGCGAGUAUAGCUUUGAUGAACCCGAACUUUCUUUUGAAAAACAAGUCAACAAACGUUUCGAAGCUAACUCUAAUGAUUUCAGAAUUCCUGAUAUGCUCCCCUGUUAUACCCAUGUACAAUGUGAUCGUACGGGUGAUCGUGGUCAAACACCAAGUGCAUGUCAUGACUGGCGUGAGAUAUGUGAUGGAAAAGUUGAUUGUCUCGAUGGUGGACGAGACGAAGAACAAUGUUGGCAGUUGGAAAUCAACGAAUGUGAUAAUGAAACAGAAUUUCGAUGUCACAACGGACAAUGCAUUCCUCGAGGUUUUCUAAACGAUGAUAUGAGAAAUCCUGACUGUUUGGACCAAAGCGAUGAAAAUCGUCCUCGUUCGUUGUUGCAAUCAAGUGAUCCAAAUGAAGUAUUUUGCCACGUAAACCCUGGCUUUCAGUGUGAAGAACAUAAAUGUCAUAAAAAAUUGAAUAAUGCAAACAUUAUCGAGUGUGGCGAUGGUUCAUGUAUGAUUGAAUUUUAUCUUCCUUGCCAUAAUCAUCGAAAUAGCAUAUUAACAAGCGCAUUUCUCGCAGGAGCAAAUGUUUCCAAAGAAUGCCGCGAAGUUAUUUCCUGUUUAAUGGGCAUUUUGAACUUUGCUAGUGACAUAAACAAAGCGUGCAACAUGAGUCUUUACACUUACGCUAGACUUACUAAACAAUAUUGCCCACAAUUCAUCGAAUUUCCACCUGUUUUAUUCGGUCAUGUACGUUUUAUCUACAAAAAUGAUCAAUUUCAUGUGAGUACAGUAUUGAUAAAUCUCUGA